CAGCAGCAGGAGGAGGAGGAGGAGGAGGAGGGGUGUGUGAGAGGUGUGGAAAAAAAGAGAAAGGGAAACGAGGAUAUUACGGGCAGCAGCGGAGUGGAGGAGAUCAUCCCGUGAAUGAUGGACACUGCUGCUGUGGAUGGGAGAAACUUCUGAAAAAUUAUUGCCUGCAAGGCGAUUUUUCUGUUGGAUUUUUAUUUAUUUUUUAUUUAUUUAUUUUAUUUUUUGUUGUCAGUCCUGAGGGGAUUCAACAGCUUGGCGCCGGCUGAGCGAGAUGCGAUGAUAUCAUGAGCAUAGCCGGCCAGGGAGAGAGAAAGAGAGACAGAGAGGAAGAGAGGGAGGGAGGAAGAGGGAGCGCGGGGAGGAGAGACGGGGAGUCGGCUACCACCAGGCCAGCUGAGGAUGCUUGUUGUUUCUAGAAACAGUAUUAAUCGCCGGGCCGAGCACUGAUCCUCCUCCUCCGGCACACCGAGCGCACCUGUCUCCGCUGAAGCUGUCCCGACCGAGGACGCAUUUCGCCCGCCUCGCUCGGUCUGCCGAAGGCUGGUUGCCUUUUUGAUGCCCCCCCUCUUCCUCUAUUUCCUGAUGCAGGGCCGGGGAGGGGUGAGCCAAAGUGUGCACCGGAUAUUGGAAAACCCAUUCUUCUUGCUGAUGCUGUUGUGAUAAUAGAUUAUUAUCUGGGCAACGCCGCAUCUGCACAGAUCCUGACCAAACGAGGCCUGGUUUGAGAAGAAACGGGAAUGUUUGGGCUUGGAAGGUUUAUGAAAACAUUUUUAGACGGUACCAGCAGCGACGAGAGGGGUCCCUGAUAUCGAUCAGAGACUGGAUUCAAUCAGGGCAUUCUGACUUGGGAUAUUUGAGACUCUGCUCUUACAGAAAUCAAUCUGUGGCAAAUGUAGCCUUCCUGCCCAGGUCUGGAUGAGAUCUGUCUCCUCUGCUCCACUUUUGGCCAGCUGAAUAAGCUAUACGGGAUCAAUCAGCUUUAAACUACUGUUAUUUAUAGCAAUGGGGGAGUGGGUUUGAUGUGACACGUUAUCACUGGCACCGGUCAAACCUCACACGUCCUCUUCUUUUGAUCGUUUCUACCUGCCUUCUGAAUGAUGCUGCUUUCUGCGCCGUAGUAAAAGGGACACAACCCGAGACUGGGAGAUACUUUAUUCUAGGCCUUAUAGAGUGGAAACUAGGAACUGGACCGCAUGACAAACAAGUGCAUGGGAGUAGCCUGCAGGGCCCGGCUUUAGAUCACGACCAGUCCUCCGUACCUCUCCUCUCCGCCGCCUGUGAUGUGCUUUACGGCAUUACGCACGGAGCAGGAGCGACCGCUAUCUUGAUCUGCCUUAUAUCAGGAAUAGAAUUUCAUCUCGGGAAAGGAUGAGCAGCAAGGAGCUGACGGUGGGCCAGUCCAGCCAGUAUGUGGGGCCUUACCGGCUGGAGAAGACCCUCGGGAAGGGACAGACAGGACUGGUGAAGCUGGGUGUCCACUGUAUAACAGGGCAGAAGGUGGCCAUAAAGAUUGUCAACAGAGAGAAGCUCUCAGAAUCAGUGCUGAUGAAGGUGGAGAGAGAAAUAGCUAUUCUUAAACUAAUAGAGCAUCCUCACGUUCUGAAGCUGCAUGACGUCUAUGAAAAUAACAAAUACCUGUACCUGGUGUUGGAGCAUGUGUCCGGUGGAGAGUUAUUUGACUACCUGGUGAAGAAGGGCAGGCUGACCCCCAAAGAGGCCAGGAAAUUCUUCAGACAAAUAAUUUCUGCCCUUGACUUCUGUCACAGUCACUCCAUAUGUCACAGAGACCUGAAGCCAGAGAAUCUUCUCCUUGAUGAGAAGAAUAAUAUCAGGAUAGCAGACUUUGGCAUGGCCUCACUCCAAGUCGGCGACAGCCUGUUGGAAACCAGUUGUGGAUCACCACAUUAUGCUUGCCCAGAGGUCAUAAGGGGGGAGAAGUAUGACGGUCGCAGGGCAGAUGUUUGGAGUUGUGGUGUCAUCCUCUUUGCUCUCCUUGUGGGUGCCUUGCCCUUUGACCAUGAUAACCUGCGGCAGCUUCUAGAGAAAGUGAAGAGUGGGGUAUUCCACAUGCCUCAUUUUAUACCUCCCGACUGCCAGUCUUUGCUUAAAGGAAUGAUAGAAGUCAAUGCUGACAAGAGACUCACGCUAGAAGCAAUACAGAAACACUCCUGGUACCAGGGUGGUCGUAAUGAGCCUUGCCCAGAGCAGCCGCCCCCUCGACGGGUGUGUCUGAGGAGGAUUGUGUCUUUAUCAGAGCUGGACCCUGAUGUCCUGGAAAGCAUGUACUCCUUAGGGUGCUUCAGAGACCGGGUCAAACUCACACAGGACCUUACAAGUGAGGAAGAGAACCAAGAGAAGAUGAUCUAUUUCCUCCUGUUGGACAGGAAGGAGAGAUACCCUAGCUGUGAAGAUGAGGAUUUGCCGCCCAGAAAUGACAUCGACCCACCCAGGAAGCGUGUGGACUCCCCCAUGCUGACGCGUCAUGGCCGCUGUCGUCCAGAGAGGAAGAGCCUGGAGGUCCUCAGUGUUACAGAACAGGGGUCUCCCACCCCACCUCGCAGGGCCCUUGACACUAAUGCACACAGCCAGAGGUCUCGUUCAGUCAGCGGAGCGUCCACAGGUCUGUCCUCCAGUCCUCUCAGCAGUCCCAGGAGUCCGGUCUUCACUUUCAACCAAUCAGAAGUCACCCCCACCUCCACUUCCUCUUCCAAAGACCCCAAACCAGGAAGUGCAACCACCUCUCGGCCUACCCGCCCGGCGCCUGAUCCAAAAACCCAAACCCUUCCUUCAAAGGGCCCCACUGAGCGGCCCCAGCUCCACUCUAUGAAGUCCCUCCCUCUUCAGACUCCACGCUCCCCUUCUCCAUCUCCCUCCCCACUCCUCUCCCCCAUUCCACGUUUCUUCAACUUCCCUUCUCCAUCUGUAUUCAAGUCCAAGAAUGUCCACUCGUCCUCUAACUCCUCUGCCACCCCUCCUCCUGUGUCACAGGUCACGCCGCAGGGCUCACCGCUGCCCACUCCGCUGGGCACACCUGUGCACCAAAUCCAGCACCCUUCCUCCACCACCCCUCCCUCCUCCUCCUCCUCGUCUUCUUCUUCCAGAGCAGACGGAACUGGCGGGGCGUCACUGUCGCUGACCCCGCCCUCCAGCCCGGGUGGCAGUGGCAGUUUGGCCGCCUCGAGCUCUGCCCACUGGAGAACAAGGCUCAACUCAUUCAAAAACAACCUUCUGGGCUCGCCACGCUUCCAUCGGCGCAAACUACAAGUCCCCACUUCAGAGGACAUGUCCAGUUUAACUCCAGAGUCCAGUCCAGAACUAGCUAAGAGGUCCUGGUUUGGUAACUUCAUCAGCCUGGAGAAAGAGGAACAGAUCUUUGUUUUGAUUCGAGACAAGCCACUCAGCUCUAUCAAGGCUGACAUCGUCCACGCCUUUCUCUCUAUCCCCUCACUCAGCCACAGUGUGGUGUCUCAGAACAGUUUCCGGGCAGAGUACAAGUCCUCCGGUGGCCCCUCUGUCUUCCAGAAGCCUGUCAAGUUCCAAGUGGACAUUGCUUUUUCUGAGGGAGACAGUGAGCGAGAGAGGGAACGAGCAGAGAGGGAAGGAAGGAGAGAGAUGGGCAUCUACAGCGUCACCUUCACUCUAAUAACAGGUCCCAGUCGCAGAUUCAAGAGAGUGGUGGAAACCAUUCAGGCUCAGCUCCUGAGUACUCAUGAUCAGCCUUCUGUGCAGGCACUGGCUGAUGAGAAAAAUGGUCAGCUUUCCCGCCAACCCAGCACACCUCAGCGUCAGAAUUCUAGGCGUUCCGAAAGUGGAUCCGAGCGGGAGCGGGCAGAGAAGGAGCGUACGCCAGAUGGGCAGGGCGGAAGCGGGAGCAGCAGCGGGACCGUCCUACAAAGGCGAGGGUCAGGGAAAGACAAGACCAGACUCCUCUCAUCGUCCAAUGGGAUGCAGUCUCAUCCAUGAAAAGAAUGUUGUGGAAGAGAGGCGAGGGUCAUCUGCCUGGCCUUUUUCUCUUCCUUCCCUCAAUCCUUCCCACAUUCUUUCCUUCCCUGCUUUCUUACUUCCUGCCUUGCCUCCUACCAUUUCAAAGUAAUGGGAUGUAGUAGGGGGAGGUUUUUCCUUGAAGCUGAUCUGGGGAAAUGACAGAGAAAUGGCUGGUUUUAGCAAAAACAUACACUUCUGGUGGUGGUGGAGGCGGUUUAACCUGAUCUCUAGUCAGCCUUCAAGGGCAGCUUCACCCCGGAGGGACGAGUCCCAAAACUGGAUGCCCAAAAAACUCCCACCUUACCAGAGAGUUACAGGAAAAGUCCACAGCCAGGGUAACACACAGUUCACCUGAUCCGACGAAUCAAGAAAGCACAUACCCUUUUCACCGACCAGUCACAUUCAACACGUGGUUCAAAUCCAACAGGAAACUUCCCCUCAGUCAGUCAUAAUGGCACAGGAAGAUACUGACCAACACCAUCAUCUGAUCAUCAAGUCCCCUCAACACCACCUGACCAAACCAAAUGAUACAGUCUCAUGACAGGAAGCCCACUCUCCUCUCCUCCCCCCACUUCCUAAUUAAAGACAAAUAUUCUCAAACAAAGCUACAAAAUGAGGUUGUCUUUUGAGAAAGGAACAAGACAUAUAGGAGGAGUCUUGAUUUAGACUUGAUUGUUGAAGUGGAUAUUAUUUCUCAAUAAUUUAUAACCUUAAUUUGUACUUUAACAAUCAAGGAGUUUGAGAGCAGAGGAAAAAACAAAUGAAACAAUGGAUCUGGUUUAGGUGAAUAUCAAAAUACGACAAAGACAUAGAAGAAAGAAAUUUUCCGUGUGUGUAUGAGCAACAUAAAGUCCCACAGUUACUUCUGAAUUACUCUUACUGAAAAAGCUAUGAUACCAUAUUGCCUUUAAUGGAGGAGAAAAAGUGGAUAGCUAGUUAGAUUUAGCCCCAUUUUGUGGACACUAGUCACACCACAGGUAGAAUGUUUCAUAAGUGAAAACUCUUGCUAGAUGAGAGGGAGCUAGAUGGAGACAAAACAGGAUAGUUAGCAACAGGUAUCUAUUUGUUCGCAAACAAAGGACGAAAGAAAAUCCAGUAGCCAAAAACUUAACCUAACAUAAAGAUGACAGUGAAGGUGUGGGUUUUUUUCCCAGUCUAUUUCCCAUAUAAUAUUCAUACGCCAUAUAUACAUAGAAGGAGUUAUAGUUUGCUGUAGUCGCUUUAUAUAUGCUGACUGUGAAACAAUCCCUCCAAGUACAACUCAAUUGUAAAGGACAAAAUUCACUGUCUGUGCAUUGGUUCAGCUGAGGCUAAUAAGAGGCCUCAGCAGUCUGAGUUAGCCUAAAAGCUAAGGCCUGUCAAACUUUGGAUUUCUCAACAUGCUUAAGUGGUAUGCUAUAGCAACUGGCUACAGCUGUUUUGACAGCUGAUUGGCUGUAACCACCUAAAAAUAAUAAGCCCACUCUUGUCUACCAGUUCCUUAGCUCCUUUUAGCAAGUUUGAGUUACUGGUACUGUCAGAAAUUGCUGAUAUGUCUAAAUCAGAAUUACGACUUCCAGGCUGGCAUGGUUGUCUUUUUCUGAUUGUGCUGCUUGUUAUACUGCCUGGUCCUACAACAGCCAGGACAAAAAUACCCAUUUAAUUUGGCAAAAUAAGACUACUAACUCAGACUGUUUCCUAAUAUUUGCUUAAGCUG